CAAUGGGAGUAGAAAAUGUAUCAGCGUCAGUGGGGAAUAGGAGGAAUAGUGUCCAGUCAUUGGUAUUAGUUGGAGGAACAAUGCCUUAUCAUUGGUGUCAGUGGGAUGAAUGGUGCCCCAUCAUUGGUGUUAGUGGGUGGAAUAGUGUCCCAUCAUUGGUGUCAGUGGGAGGAAUAGUGCCCCAUCAUUGGUGUCAGUGGAAGGAACAGUGCCCCAUCAUUGGUGUCAGUGGAAGGAACAGUGCCCCAUCAUUGGUGUCAGUGGAAGGAAUAGUGCCUCAUCCUUGGUAUUAGUUGGAGUUAUAGUAUCUAAUUGUUUAUAUAAGUGGGAGGAAUAGUGCCCCAUCAUUGGUGACAGUGGGAGGAAUAGUGCCCCAUCAUUGGUAUCAGUGGGAGGCAUAGUGUCCUAUCAUUGGUAUCAGUGGGAGGAAUAGUGCCCCAUCAUUGGUGACAGUGGGAGGAAUAG